AACGUCGCAGACCACACAACGUCAAUGAACUCAUGCAUGACCAUUGUAGUAUUCUCGCUGUGAUACUCGCCGCCUCCACGAAUCAUCAUCAUGCUCGUACAAAGUGUCCAUGUCAUCAAGUUCGUCAACACAGUCGAAAAGGGCAAGAAGGCAACCAUUUACGUGGCCGAGGUCGACGACGGGCAUAAGACGUGGACGGUCGACAUUCGAUACAGCAAGUUUCAUGAAUUCCAUCAUGCCUUGAUGAAGACCGACCGAAAUGUCGUGGGCAAGCUCCCAUUCCCCAACAAGGACUUGUUCUCAAACCAGUCGCCCAACCACCGACAGAAGGAGCUCAACAAGUUUGUGUCGCAGUUGCUUCCGCUGUUCCAAUCUCUGUCCAUGGCCGCGCAGAUUGCUUUCUUUGAGCUGAUGGAAGUGCCGAAACACGAAUUCCACGCGACGUUAGUCGACACCAAGGACACUUCCCAGCCUCAAACGACAGUCGACGUGCCCGAGAAACGAGUGUCCAAACAGAGCAUUUCAUCCACGACAACUACAGAAUUGGACGACGACAACCAGCGCGAAUCGUUGUCCGACCUCUCGGUGCAACAUAUUGUAGAACCGUUGUCCCCAGUGGCGUCCUCGCGAUCAGCUGCCUCCCCUCGUCACGAUCCAUCAGAAGCCGAAACUGUGGACAUCCCUAACAACUCGAACGAAUUGCUUCAAGUGGCUGUCCAUCAUGUCGACGCUGUCAGUGAACGCAUCCACGACGUCCAAGGUGACCCUUCCACCGAAGACGACGUAUCCAGCUCCACCAACGACACAGAAGUCCUCACAGAAACUGUAGAAGCAUCAGGAUCGAUUGCCUCUGUCGAACCUCCCACAAGGUCAUUGCUCUUCUUGGCCGUGGAAACCAUCCCAUCGACUACGCCCGAGCGAUCGCUCCAUGCAUGGGAGGCUUCCUCUCAAGGGAAAAAGGCAGCAGUCCAUCUGUGCCGUUACAUCAUUGCAAGGACGUUCCGCGUACUGUACCCGUCCUUGUUCAUGGAAUCGUAGCUGGUCCAUAUAUUGUACAUAAUAACGUUAUAUAAUAUAUAUUGUCGAUUUCUUUA